CCUGGCUGUCUGUCUGUCUGUUUGUGGACGCUAAAGGAGAGGAUCCACCAUCCAAACACCACGGCUGAAGCUCUCACGUUAAAAUUGGUACCAUGGAUGCAGCAGAGUUUCGGCGCAGAGGGAGGGAGAUGGUGGACUACGUGGCUGACUACCUGGAGAACAUAGAACAGCGACCAGUGUAUCCAGAUGUGGAACCGGGUUAUCUUCGUUCCUUGAUUCCCACUGAGGCACCACUGGAGCCUGAGAGUUAUGAGGAUAUUAUGAAAGAUGUGGAGAGGGUGAUAUUGCCAGGGAUCACCCACUGGCACAGCCCACACUUUUUUGCCUACUUUCCAGCUGCUUCCUCUUACCCCGCCAUGCUGGCCGACAUGCUGUGUGGAGCCAUUGGCUGUAUUGGAUUCUCCUGGGCUGCCAGCCCAGCCUGUACAGAGUUGGAGACGGUGAUGUUAGAUUGGCUGGCGAAAAUGCUGCAACUGCCUGAGCAUUUUAUAGCUGGGACGCAUGGCCACGGAGGAGGUGUCAUCCAGGGCACAGCCAGUGAGGCAACCCUGGUGUCUUUGCUCGCUGCCCGCUGUAAAGUAAUCCGAUGGGUCCAGGCCUCAAACCCUGAAAAAUCAGAAAGUGAAAUCCUUUCCAAAGUGGUGGCGUACACCUCUGAGCAAGCUCAUUCCUCAGUUGAACGUGCUGCUCUGAUUGGAGGAGUACUGAUGAGACAGGUUCCUACAGACAACAGCUAUGCUGUCAGAGGAGACAUGCUUAAGAAGAUGGUGGAGGAGGACAAAGCUGCUGGACUCAUCCCUUUCUAUUUCUGUGCAACUCUCGGCACCACUUCAUCAUGUGCUUUUGAUCACAUCAACGAGCUGGGUCCCUUAUGUAAUGAGGAAAACAUGUGGAUGCACAUUGAUGCAGCGUAUGCUGGGAGCGCAUUUAUUUGUCCCGAAUUUAGGCAUUUGUUAAACGGCAUUGAGUUUGCAGACUCUUUCAACUUCAACCCACACAAAUGGCUUUUAAUCAAUUUUGACUGCUCUACAAUGUGGGUGAAGAAGAGAGCGGACAUUAUUGGUGCCUUCAAGGUGGAACCACUUUAUCUGAAACACGAAAACCAGGAGUCAGGGCUGAUCACAGACUAUAGGCAUUGGCAGAUUCCACUGGGAAGAAGAUUUCGAUCACUAAAGAUGUGGUUUGUCUUCCGUAUGUAUGGGCUCAAUGGCCUGCAGGCUCACAUACGCAAGCAUGUGGCCCUUGCCAAAGAGUUUGAAAGUCUUGUGCGAGCAGACAAGAGGUUUGAGAUCUGUGCAGAGGUUAUCCUGGGACUGGUCUGCUUCAGGCUCAAGGGCUCCAAUGAGUUGAACCAGAACUUGCUGGAAAGGAUCACCAAGAGCAAAAAGAUCCACAUGGUGCCUUGUCAGCUUGCCGGCCGCUUUGUCCUGCGCUUCGCCAUCUGCGCACGCAGUACAGAGUCGCGUCACAUCCAACGAGCAUGGCAGCACAUCACACAGCUGACCUUUGAGCUUUUGCAGGAGCCCAGUCAUUGACCAAUAUGCUUGAAAAGGGGCUGUCCACUCUGGUGCUCAAAUGAGGACCCAAGUUAGGACAAAAGGUUUAAUGUUGCAGGUGUAAAAUGUCAUAAAGGGAAUGAACAAUGAUUUCACUGCUCACUUAGCACUUAGUGUGUUUUCGGUUGGCCAAGUUAUCCAGUCUAGUAAGGCUAGUAAGCAGUGGUCUU